AUGAAGAGGAAGCGGAACCUCCAGGAUGUUACCGGCGAAGAGGUUCGGCAAGACAUCUUUGAGGACCAAGAAGGCGUGCCUUUUGCGCUUGAUCUCCAGGUCAUCGAUGUCACCAGUUGCACUCCGGUCAAGGAUGCGUACGUUGAAAUCUGGAGCGCAAAUUCUACCGGGGUCUACAGUGGUAUUGUAUCCAACUUGAACGGCGCUGGUCUCCGCGACGCUGCCAACCUUGAAACGACAUUUUUGCGAGGGAUACAGAAGACGGAUGAAGAUGGCGCCGUCCAGUUUCACACCCUAUUCCCUGGUUUCUACACUGGGCGAGCUGUACAUGUGCACAUCAUGGUACACGUGAAUGCAGAGGUGCACGAGAACGGAACCAUCAUCGACCAAACCCCCUCGCACGUUGGGCAGAUAUACUUUGACCAGGACCUCAUCACCAGCGUGCGCGCCGUCGCGCCGUAUUCGACGAACCAGCAACAAUUCAUGCAGAACAGCGCCGACUACGUCCUCCGACUCGAGCCAGCCGGGUCAGAUCCAUUCGUCCACUAUGCUCUUGUCGGGGAGGAGGCAGCCGCCGGGGUGGUCGGUUGGUUCACCGUGGGCAUUGAUCCGGUGGCGGCCAGGGAGGUCGCUGCUGCGACUAACAGGAUGGAGGGCGGGUCGAAACACAUUUUCUUGUUGGUUGGUGAGGCCAUUCUUCAGUUCCGCCAGUCGUACCCCGCUCAUGACGGCCAUCUGGACAAAUGCAACAACAUGCUAGAAAGGCUGCCGAACGAGCUGUGGAUGUCCGUGAUCGCGCAGAUCACGGAUAGACGGGAUCUCAACAGCCUGAGCCAAGUCUCGAAGACCCUCCAUGACCGAACGAUUCCCUUUCUCUACCGCGACCUAACUGUGCGGCCAUUGUCCGAGAGUGAUUUCGGCGACAUCGAUGUUUCAAAGCUCCUUGAAACAAAUUCAAGCGAACGGAAGCCAUUAGUCUAUACAACUAGUUUCCGAAUAGUUGCUGGCUUCGUCACGAGAAUCAAACGCCGCUGCAUGCAUCACGAUGGUGAGACGUGGGAUGCGGAGGUUGAUAUAGACUACGACACGUCUGAUAAAAGUCAUGUAUGGGCUAGCAUCGAAAGGGCCGCUGAACAUCCGACGCUUAGGCACUUAGCAGACCGCGUCGUAUCUCUUAUAAGUUGCUUCUCUGACGGCCAUUUGCGAAGCUUCACGUGGAACUUGGGACUAUGCGUGCCUGCACGGCUUCUCGGUUGUGACGGUUACCUCACUCAACAUCAAAGCGGCAUCGAAUCCAUUCGCCUGAUAACCGAUGCCAGCUGCCCGUUGGGCGACGGCUCCCUCACUCUCGACCAGUUCAAGCGCCUGAAGGUUUUGUCAUGGAUAGGAUUACGGGCCGAGGACGAAUUCGAAUCUCUUGAAAGGGUAUUAGCGAACCGUGCCCAUCAUCUCGUGGAAUUGGAGCUCGACUUUCUCAAUUGGAAGGAGCUCGAGGUGUUAUGGGAAGAUGGCCUCGGAUUCGAUGCCCACCCCUUUGAAACAUUGCUUCUGGAAAUCCCUUGCAAUUCUGCCAGGUGCAGCUUUCCCGUCCUCCAACGACUUUCUCUAUCAAAUCUAGACCUACGGUCAGAUACGCAAAUGAUGGCGUCUGCCCUCAACUCCCCACACCUGCGUUCGCUUACCCUCCGCCAAUGUCCGGGAUGGAGCCGUUUUGUGCAAUACCUGCUAGGGGAUACAGGUCAACUGCACUUUCAAUCAUUAGAGGUGCAGAAUACUUUACUCGGCGAUGACGCCGUUGACUUCAACUACAACGAGGUAAUACAGACGAUCUUGGAAAGCCUGGUCGGAGUUGAAGAUAUAUAUCUCUCGCUUUGGAAUCCGAGAAGUCCAAGGACGUUGUGGGAUACUCUGCAACGGCAUACGGAAACUCUGAAGCGGUUUAUCUUUCAGGCUAGGACCAGCAAUAUUUAUGAUGAAUCCGAAACUUUUGUGGCAGAAAUAGACGCAAAGAAUAUGGGGAUCGUGAGCCCGGCCUUGCUGGGUACCGUUUUUCCUUUUGGGGAAACCUGCGAAGACGAAGGGGACGAUGAGUGGUUCAACGAAACAUACCCUAAUCCCCUUAACAAACUAAACCUAGAGUGUAUUGGCCUGGCUUGUGGUCCUCAUCGUUUACAAGAGGUCUUGAAGCCCUUCGCCGAAAAGACGUGCCUCCGAAUUUUACACGCUCGGCAGUCUGGCGCUGAUAUUAAACGGCGUGUUUCGUGGGUCUUCGACACGAAGAAAGCGGACGCUGCCUACUUUGCUGGACAACCUCCUGGGAAGCAUGUGUUACCCGGCGCCGAUCCUUUCUGCUGGGCUAGCCUUCCUGGCCGCAACAACGCUGUCACCGUGCGUGUAUUGACUCGGGAUUUUCUUAAUUUUGCCACUUGGGUAUUCGGACCCAAUGGUAUCUCUUCGUUGGAGAUCCUUGCAUACGGUGAUUUCUCCUGCCAUGGUCGGUACCUGGCCAACUCGUUCAUGUUGCGGAGGAAGAAGCCGACAGAGGACGGUCAGAUGCCCUGGAAAUGGCACGACCCGGAGCGCGAGCGGCAUUUCGAGAUCGAGGACCUCUUGCAUCGGCAUGCGGGAUUUCUGGAGGCCUGCCCUACUGAUACACUGCUGGAAUAA